AAGUUAAGCAGAAACUUUUUUAAUAAUGUACUAAAUAAUUUAAAAGAAAAAAAUAAUAUAAAACAAACGAAUUGGUGUCAUGGGAGGAUUAUUACAAUUUUGGAUUCUUAGUCUCAUUGGAGUUUUUGGAAUUUUGUGUGUUUGGAGAACAUUUAUCAUCUGGGAAAAUCCAGUUCUAACAAAGGCUUCCAUUCAAGUAGAUUUGACUCUACCAACUACUGCGAUAAUUAAUCAGAGAUUUAUUAAUAUCACCAAUCAAAAAUCUCCAAGAUUUCGUAAAAAAAAACAUCAUAGCUCAAUUUCCAGAUACAUGAUUCAGCUCUAUCAUCGUCGUCCAAUAGCAGAUAUUGUUAGAGCACUUAAACCUUUUCACAUAUCAGCACCAAUACAAUACAAAGGUGGAGGAAGAAUUCUAGAGUUUCAAAUGCCUCCAGCAAAUCCUGAGGAAAAUCUUGAAGCAGCUGAGCUUCUAGGAACUGCUGGAAUGAUUCUAAGAGUGAAAUUCAUUGAUAAUUUUAAUAUAGUUCAAGAAGAAAAACAAGAAUUUGUUUUUUCUAGAAGAGAAGAAUCUUGGCGUGCAUUUAAUGUAACAAUAGCUGUCAAAAUGAGCAAAAGAAACUUUAUCAAGUUUUUAGUUCGUGGAAAGGUCAAAGGACGGCCUGAAAGUGAAAGUCCAAUACUUCUACUGAGUUAUCGAAAACCAGUCAAAAGAAAAAAACGUUCAGUUGUCGAUGAAGAAGCUGAUGAGAAUUCAAGCCCCACUUGGCCUGAAAGCAAGAGAAGAAGACGAAAUCCUUGCAGAAAACGUCCGUUAUAUGUGGAUUUUGCUACUAUUAAUUAUGAUGAAUGGGUAGUUGCUCCACCUGGAUAUGAUGCUUAUCAGUGUGUUGGAAAGUGUCUUUUUCCGUUCGGUGAUCAUUUGAGUCCAACAAAACACGCGAUUGUUCAAGCAUUAGUUCAUGGAGCUCUUCAGGGUGUUGAUGGCAAAUCUGUUGGCCGUGUCUGCUGUGUUCCUACACGAUUAGCACCCACAAGUUUGCUUUAUUUAGACUCUAGUGGUACUCUUACUUAUCAAUAUGGGUAUGAGGAUAUGGUCGUGGUGGAAUGUGGAUGUCGAUGA